GAUCCGUGUUGCCCAAGUUGGAAGGGACUUGGAAACCAUCCGAUUUGAUGCUCUUACUUUGCAGAGGAGAGUCUGAACAGGCAUGGAUGUUACAUGAAUCUCUUUAAGGGCGGUGAACAACUAUGAAGACUUUUUUCUCAGUAAAUUAGAUAAAGAUGGAUGAAUCUGCCUUGUUGGAUCUGUUGGAAUGUCCUGUGUGUUUAGAACGACUUGAUGCUUCUGCGAAGGUCUUGCCUUGCCAGCACACAUUUUGCAAACGCUGUUUGCUGGGGAUUGUUGGUUCUCGAAAUGAACUGAGGUGUCCAGAAUGCAGGACUUUAGUGGGCUGCGGAGUUGAUGAGCUGCCCAGUAACAUCCUGUUGGUUAGGCUGUUGGAUGGACUCAAGCAGAGACCUCGGAAACCAGGCACCAGCAGCGGGAUUAACUGCACAAAUGCUCUCCGGGCCCAGGGCAGUGCUGUUGUGAAUUGUAGUUCAAAAGAUCCUCAAGGCUCCCAAGGUGGACAGCAACGAGUGCAGGCCCGGAGCCCCCCAGUCCGAGGUGUACCUCAGUUACCAUGUGCCAAAGCAUUAUACAGUUAUGAGGGAAAAGAGCCGGGAGAUCUUAACUUCGCUAAGGGCGACAUCAUCAUUUUGCGUCGACAGGUGGAUGAAAAUUGGUAUCAUGGAGAAGUCAACGGGAUUCAUGGAUUUUUUCCCACUAAUUUUGUGCAGAUUAUUAAACCUUUACCUCAGCCCCCGCCUCAGUGCAAAGCACUUUAUGACUUUGAAGUCAGAGACAAGGAAGCUGACAAAGACUGUCUGCCAUUUGCAAAGGAUGAUGUCCUGACGGUGAUUCGGAGAGUGGAUGAAAAUUGGGCUGAAGGGAUGCUGUCUGACAAAAUUGGGAUAUUCCCUAUUUCAUAUGUUGAGUUUAACUCGGCAGCCAGGCAGCUGAUAGAACUGGACAAAGCUUCGUUGUCAGGUCCAGGUGCUGACUCUGGAGAAGGCCCUUCAGGGACAGCCCACAGCAGUGCAGCAGCCCCAAAGCCCAGUGACACCAAGAAGAACACCAAGAAGCGGCACUCCUUCACCUCCCUCACCAUGGCUAACAAGUCUUCCCAGGCUUCUCAGAACCGCCAUUCCAUGGAGAUCAGUCCUCCUGUCCUCAUCAGUUCCAGCAAUCCCACUGCUGCAGCUCGAAUCAGUGAAUUGACAGGACUUUCCUGUAGUGCUCCUUCUCAGGUUCACAUCAGUACUACUGGGCUAAUUGUGACCCCGCCUCCAAGCAGCCCAGUCACAACGGGACCUUCAUUCACCUUCCCAUCAGAUGUUCCCUACCAAGCUGCCCUUGGAAAUAUGAAUCCUCCUCUACCGCCACCUCCCCUUCUGGCUGCCACUGUCAUCGCCCCAACAUCUUCAGCUGCUGUGGCAUCUGGAGUCGGACAGAGACCUGCAGGAUCUGCUGACCAAAUUGCACAUUUACGGCCCCAGACUCGACCCAGUGUGUAUGUUGCUAUUUAUCCAUAUACACCCCGGAAAGAGGACGAACUGGAGCUAAGAAAAGGGGAGAUGUUUCUAGUGUUUGAACGAUGCCAGGAUGGCUGGUUCAAAGGGACUUCUAUGCACACAAGCAAGAUAGGAGUUUUUCCUGGAAACUACGUAGCACCAGUUACAAGAUCUGUGACAAGUACUUCCCAAGGUAAAGUCUCUGUGUCUACUGCUGGUCAGACGGGUCGAGUGGUGACCAUGGUCAGUCCCUCCGCUGCGACGGGGUCUUCCCAGAAACACCAGGGGAACGGCAUAGCAGGGAGUCCCAAUGUGGUGCCUACCGUAGAGGUGUCAGCGGCUCACCUCCAGACAAGUCCACAGGCCAAGGUUCUGAUGCCUGUCAUCAGACAGAUGACAGUCAGUCAAGCUCGAAAUGCUGUCCGUACAGCUGCUGUUCACAACCAGGAACGCCCCACAGCUGCAGUGACGCCCAUCCAGGUACAGAAUUCAUCCUGCCUUGGCCCUGCAACUGUGAUUCUACCCCAUCAGCAACCUCAGCCUCCGAUUCCAAACUCUGCUGCCUAUGUCGCUGCUGCUGUCAACCUCAGCAGGCCAACUGUGCCACUGGCCUGUGCGGCAACUGCUUCCUUGAACUCCCCCGACAUCCCUGCCACGUCUCUGGAGACAGAACUGAGUGGUCAGGCAGGGACAGCCCUCCCUGGACUCCCUACUUCUCCUGAGAAUGCAUUAUCUGCUGGUGCAAGUGGCCUUGCCACCAAAUCAGACAAGGAUAGCAAGAAGGAAAGGAGAAGUCUGCUGAAGUUGCUUUCUGGUGCCUCCACCAAACGGAAACCUCGAGCUUCUCCUCCUGCCUCCCCAACUCUGGAAGUGGAACAGGGUCCAGCGGAGCUAACCCUGCAAGGGGCUAUAGGGCCCGAGCUCCCCCCAGGAGGCAGUCAUGGCAGGGCUGGGUCCUGUCCCUCCGAUGGGGACAGCCCAACAUCAGCGGUCCUAGAGGCACUUCACAGGAAGACAAGCUCGCUGGAUGCCAGCGUUCCCAUCGCUCCACCCCCAAGGCAGCCGUGCUCUUCUUUGGGUCCUGUCCUGAAUGAGUCAAGGCCUGUUGUCUGUGAAAGGCACCGAGUGGUGGUUUCUUAUCCUCCUCAGAGUGAGGCCGAGCUGGAGCUCAAGGAAGGAGACAUUGUCUUUGUUCACAAGAAGCGAGAGGAUGGCUGGUUUAAGGGCACACUGCAGCGUAAUGGGAAGACUGGCCUUUUCCCAGGGAGCUUUGUGGAAAACAUCUGAGAAGACUGUAUUUAGAAAGCUUCAAAUCCCAUGACCUAAUGAAAGAGCACAAUGAUCUUAGUAGAAAAAAUGAGCACAGUCACCUGUCUUCAGAUGAUCAAGGAUAGAACCAGACUGAUGGAUCUGCAGCAUCCCACAGCAAGCAUGAUUGCAGCAUCAACCAGAGAUGAUGGUGGCUUCAUCUGUGGCCUUCUCCCUUUGGAUUCUGAUGUGUGAUGUGUGCCUUGUACUGUCUGAUUUCUUCUACAAAACAAUUUUUUUUUAAUCUGUAACAAAAAUGAACAAUUGUUUACAAGGUUAUAACUAAUUUAUUUGAUUUUUUUAAACUUGAAUUCUUCUUGUUAUAGAUAAAUUCUUGGGAUUAUGAUUUUAAGAGAUUAUUAAUUUAUGAAAUGAUAGCUAAGGAGAAGCUGGAUUCUCUCCUGAUGAGCAAGUGAUUCUUUUGGACAGAGAGUACAUUUCCCUUUUUGGGUUGUUUCCUCCUUUUAAACUGUGUGUGGAAGAUUGUAACUUGUCUUUUUGAAAAGGGGUCAAUGUUGUCAGGUUGUGAUGAUGAUAGUGUAUUACUGAAUUGAUUAAGUCUCAACAGGUAAAAUACUGUAUUUUGUGCCCUAAGAUAGAAAUAGUGGUUAUCACCUUCGCCUCUUUCUUUUCUUAAAUGACAGUCAUAUCCCAAACAAUGUAAUGUUCCUGGAGGACUGAAGACUUACAACCAAAUCCACACCAACAAGGGUGUACAGAAGAAGGGAGAGAACCCAAGAGAGGAGCAGAAAGAGAUUCCUGCUCAAUCUCAUUUGCUCCGGAAAUUUUGCCAUGCGAGUUUUCAGUCUAAUUCUGUGGGUGGGGUAUGUUCAGAGAAUAGUUGUCAUAAUCAGGGAAAUAUGAAGGAGGCUUAAGCACAACAAAAAAUGUUAUCAGAAACAUAUUUGUAGAAUCAUAGAAUGUUAGAGCAGACUGGGACCUUAGUACUCAUCUCAUUAAACCUUUCCCCCUCCCACUUAACAGAUAAGGAAACUGAGGAAGAGUGACUUUUUUUAAGGUCCCAAAGUCAGUCAGUGGCAGAAGUAGGAGUAGAACCAUGGUGUCCUGACUCCCAGUCCAAUGGGAUAAUGAAUAAAUGAAUUAAUUGAAAGAUGUCUAUUAAGUGCUUACCAUGGGCCACACCUUGUGAUAAGCCCUGGGAACACAAAUACAAAAUUUGCCUACUUGGUUUUAUAAGAAUAGCAGCUCAGUCCCUUGGGUUGGAAAUUAAGUAAAAUUAGAAAACAUACUUGCUGAGAAUGGCUAUGAAAUAUAAUUUGCCCUUUCCCUCCUAAGUAAUCUGCAUGACCAGAAGAUGUUAAAAAUAUGGUUGAGCAGUAAUGGUGGUGGUUCACUUGUGUUAAAGUAAAAAAAAAAAAAAGUUUUUAAAGGCUAUUAGGCACUGUGAAAACUUGACUAAGUUUUUAACCAUGGAAACUUUAAUCCAUUGGGAUUCCCUCCUUCCCCCCACUGUCUUGCAUGUAUUACUGAAUUCCCACAGUCAUGUAAAUGGUGCAUGGUGUGUGUGUGUGUGCAUAUUUCAUUGUCGUUUCCUGUUGUGGCUAGUUUGCACUCAGAGUGGCCCCCCAUAGGGACUGUAAUAUAAACAGUAUUCUUCUAUCCACCCCAAAGUCACUGCUGACCACAUCUGAGUGAACUCUGCUGCAAGGUGAGGUGCCCAUUAUCCACUAAGCUGUGUCGUAGUGAGAAUGCACCUUUACCAUCUGUCCGCCUGGCUGAUGUGACACCUGGGCUCAAUGAUACCCCUUCUCCCUUCUAUUCUGGCAGGCUCAGCCUCAGCGAAUGCACCCACACCUUAUGACCCUGGUAAGGAUCUAGGUAGCCAUCUCUCUCUCUGUCUCUGAUAUCAGUGGUCUUCUCAGUUUGUUGCUUUCCAUAAAGCACAAAGGAUUGGGAUAGGCCCAAAAACAGGAGGGGGGAGGUGGUGGGGUGGGAAAUCUCAUGGUUGUGAAGGACAUCAUUGCCAUGGUUUUCUAAUGGAAAAUGCCUUCUAAUUUUUUUUUUUACUCUUAAAGAAUUUCAGCUGGGAAGAUAAAUGUAAUUUUCAAAAAAGGCUUCUUGAGGGGUCAAGAAGUGCAAUUGGUCUUAAAAAUUUUAGAGUGAGAGUUGAGAACGAAACAUUCCUGAAUUCAUCAUUUUUAAUGAAACACUGUAUAUUCUGUUUCUCUGUUUUAAAUAUUUUUAAAAUAGUUUACUUGGAUAUUCAUGUAAUAUAUAAAGGUUUUGUGAAAUAAACUUUAGCUAGGAAGAAGCUGUUGUCAGCUUUCAUAAACAUAUAGGUUGAUACCAGUGUGUCAUAAUAUUUUUUAUUUUGGGGAAAUUAGCACAUUUUAUAAAAUAAGAUUUUAAAAAAGGCAAAAAGACUACUACAGGUUAAAGUUCUUUUUUCUACCUGUCUGUUUUCUCCAUAUCUUGAGCUAUAUGGCUAAGGUACCUCUGUGAACAGUUUUCAUGGCGUAAAGUCAGUUAAGAUUCCAUCUCUUAAUAGUUCUGUUAGAUAAUGUAUUGUAUGGCUUUUCUAUCGACUUUUUUGAAGAUAGCAGAGUUAAGUUUUGAAACGAGUUUGUUACACAACAGUGCAGCAAAGAUACAGUGACAAUUUUUCUGGCCUUUCCAUGCGAACGAUUUGGGGGGAGAUGGACCUAAGUGUCCAAGAUUAAAAUUUGAUGUUCGGUCUUUA